AUGACGGGAUGCCCCCGGCUCCUGCCGUGGAACCAGCCCAGGAUAUUUGGUGCAGAAACCAGCGGCAAGAAGACUGCUGCUCUGGAGCUGCUCCAGGCGUGCAGGUGGAGGGGCCGCCAGCUCGGGAGCUGCCAUCGGGGGGGCCGUCUUCCGCAGUCAGUGCGGGGGUUGCUGUGUGCUGCGGCUCUGGCUUUAUGGGUGGAGCUUCUGGGGUCCUGGUAUGCCGUGGCCUCAGGUGAGAAGGGCUUUGCAUUGGAGAAGGCCUCGAAGAACAUCGAGGGCGUCAUGGUGACACUUACUCCAGAAAACAACCUGAAAUUGUUGUCCUCAGGCACAGGCACCAACUUCAGGGACUACGCCAUUGUGUUCACCCAGCUGGAGUUCAAGGAUGAGGCGUUCAACACCGUGGAGCUGUACAGUAAGCCGGACGGAGCUGGCCGCCAGGAGGCCCUGCGCCUCUUUGCUAGGUGGAGCAAGGACUUGGGCUUCCUGUCUCAGCAGCAGGCCAUGCGGCAGCCGGAUCCUCGGAGGGUGCUGCAGUGGCCGCGGGCUCGGAUGACACGGCGGAAAGGGGCUGCCACACUUCUCUGCUGGGAAAUAGACCACGGCUAUUGGACCAAUGGCGUCCUUCUGUAUGCCUCCUCCACAGCGCGUCUGCCACCAGUCCCCGUGGGCCCUGACAUGCUACACUUCCUCAGGGAGUCGUUCACUUAUUCGCCCAACAUUUCUAAGAACCUGCAAAACACCCUGCGGCAUGAGUUCCAGAGCAAAGCCAUCUCCUACCAGUUCUCCCACCCGAUCUGGCACCAUUGCCAGAGUGAGAGCCAGCUCGAGAUCGAGAGCCACUUCUCGAGGAAGCUCAGCGCUGCUCCCGAUUUGGGUGUGGAGGAGAUCAGCGUGGGUUUUGUGUCCGGGUCCCUUAUGGCCAGGAAAAGGUGGUGA